UGUGUUUUGAACUAGCUUAGCUGCUCGGUUGAAACGACAAAACCCGGGUAUUUUUCAGCUUCUUUCACUGCUUUCAGUGCCGAAUCAGUUGUGUCUCAGACAGCGUAGAAUUAUUAUUAAAUUAUUCCCGUCUUUAUUCAGACAACCAACUAAACGCCUGUUAGUGUGAGCGACAUGGACAGUCGAAAGCGACCCAUGGGGCCAGCUGCUAGCUCGGAUGAGGAGUUCAAAACCCCGGAGAAGAGAGUGUCAGUGGUCCGAGGCUCGCCUCCGGACUCCGGCUUCAUGCGGUGGGGAGUCGAGGAAACUUGUCAAUACCUGCAAAGAGAAGGACUUGAAGAGUGGAAGGAUAAGUUCAGAGCUGAGAGGAUUACAGGUGUGGGACUGAGGUACCUUAAGGAUGAGGACCUGGAAAAGAUUGGCAUAAAGUGUCUCGGUGACCGUCUACGGAUUCUGCACAACCUCAGGAAACUGUGGCAGGUUGAAGCUGAGCCCAGCAAGGUCUUCAACGAUCCCAUCCAUGGCCACGUGGAGCUGCACCCACUUCUCAUUAAGAUCAUCGACACGCCUCAGUUUCAACGACUUCGAAACAUCAAGCAGCUUGGAGGGACGUAUUACGUUUUUCCUGGGGCCUCCCACAACCGCUUUGAACACAGCAUUGGGGUUGGGCACUUGGCUGGACGACUUGUUCAAGCUCUCAACGAGAAGCAGCCAGAACUCCUCAUCUCUCACAGGGACAUUCUUUGCGUGCAGAUUGCUGGACUCUGCCAUGACCUCGGACAUGGACCUUUUUCCCAUAUGUUCGAUGGCAUGUUUAUACCCAAAGCACGUCCAGGAAUUAAAUGGAAGCACGAGGCUGCCUCCCUAAAAAUGUUUGACUACCUUGUGGAUGACAACUGUCUCAGACCGGUCAUGGAGGAGCACGGUCUGGUGCUGCCAGAGGACCUGGACUUUAUCAAGGAGCAGAUCGCAGGACCAACAGAGAGCAGCUCAGAUCGAGGAGAGAAGUGGCCGUACAAAGGCCGUUCUAAAGAAAAGUCCUUCCUCUAUGAGAUUGUCGCUAACAAGAGGAACGGUAUCGAUGUGGAUAAAUGGGACUAUUUUGCAAGGGACUGCUAUCAUCUGGGCAUCCAGAACAACUUUGACUAUCAGCGCUUCCUAAAAUUUGCAAGGGUCUGUGAAGUGGAUGGAGAGAAGCACAUCUGCACAAGAGACAAGGAGGUGGGCAAUCUGUACGACAUGUUCCACACUAGGAACUGUCUCCACAGAAGAGCCUACCAGCACAAAGUGGGCAACAUCAUAGAGACAAUGAUCACUGAAGCUUUUUUAAAAGCAGAUCCACACAUCCACAUUGAAGGCUCUCAGGGAAACAUUUUCACUCUGUCCACAGCUAUUGAUGACAUGGUGGCCUACACAAAGCUGACAGAUAAUGUGUUUGAACAGAUCCUGAACUCGUCCAAUCAGAAGCUUGCAGAAUCAAGGCUGAUACUGAACAAAAUCAUCUGCCGCCAACUGUACAAGUGUCUGGGUCAAACCCAGCCGGACAAAGCCUUGACCGUCACUCAGGAAAAUAUUCACAUUUGGGAGGCAGAAUUGGCUCAGUCCAUCCCCCACAGUGGCUCUCCUGAUGUUGAUCUUCAGCCAGGGGACUUUGUUGUCAGCGUUAUCACGAUGGACUAUGGGAUGAAGGAAAAGAACCCCAUCAAUAACGUGCGUUUUUACUGCAAGGAUGACCCAACAAAAGCCAUAAAAAUCAAUAAAAACCAGGUGUCUAAACUUCUCCCAGAGCGCUUUGCUGAACAACUGAUCAGGGUGUACUGCAAGAAGACAGAUGAGAAGAACCUGGAGGCUGCCAAGAAGCACUUUGUUCAGUGGUGCAUGAACAGGAACUUCUCAAAGCCUCAGGACGGUGAUGUCAUAGCACCUGAGCUGACUCCUCUGAAACCCAGCUGGUGCACCAACAAUGAAGACGAGGACAGUGAUAGCUGCAGCUCCAAAGAAACAAACGUUCACAUGAACGGAGUCAAGAAAGCCAAGACUCAACUUAACUUUCAGUGAACGGAGAGAGACAGCUGCCCCUUGUUGCACAUUAGAAGUAAACAGAUGAGUGUUACAUGACAAGUAUAUUUUUCUACAAGUCAAGUUCGUUGAAGAGCCCAGAAAAUAGCUUUUUAUACAAAACACAGAAAGUAGAAGAGAACGAUUUAGUGAAACAGUGCUAGACAAGGUUUGUUUCAGAAAAAUAAGGUUCAAUUUAGCAAUAUACAUAUUUAUUUUAUUUUUAAUUGGUUUAAUUUGUCAAAUAUUCAUUAGGCAGCUUAAAGGCCUUUUAUAAUUUUCAACACAGUAUCUUCAUCAAAUUUUACUCAGCCUUUAAUAACCUCCAUCAUAGACUGCUACAUUUAAAGAAACAGCUCUGCAUAUUUAAAGUGUUUUUACAUUUUAUUUGUAUUAUUUGAGAUGAGGGAGGAACUCCCUUUCUAUUUAUUUCAUGUAGAGUUGUGUUUUGGUUGAAUUUUUUUGAUACAACUUUAUUUAUUGUUUCUCCAGAAAAUAUCUUUGCUUGCUCCUCUUUGCCUGGCAAAGAUUGAAACAUUUUAAUGUUUACCUUCUACUAAAUCAUGUAGUGGCCUCAUCAGAUCUUUGCUUUAAAAACAACUGAUAAUGUUGGUUGCUGUGGUUUUUGAAUGUAACCCUUGUGAAGGUUUGAGAAACAAAAUCUGUUGAAGUAAACUCUUCAGAAUUGAGAGGACAACAAAAAGUCAUCUGAAGCUACACAAGUUGUUUUGUCUGAUUGUUUUACAUAACUCAUUCUAAAGGCUGCAGAGAAACAGGUGAAUUCUUGGUGACUGAUUGCAUUAAGAAUUACAAUCACAAGCUGCAAAGAAAUUUGAUAUUAUGUUCAUGCCAGUUUCACCAUCACACUGUUUGACUUCAGCCCAAUCAUGCUGGGCAUUUUAAACUGCUUGUUCAAUUAACAUGAAACAAUCAGAUAUAUCUGUGUUAUGCUUAUGUUAUGAUGCUAUAUCUUUCCUUUUCAGGAAUUGAAACUGGUGGGCUGAUAAUUCAUUUUAUAAGACAAAUGGAUUCAAUUAAUAUGCAGCUAGAGUGAAAUUCAUUCAAGGUGUGAAGAGGUAGAUACAACCAUUUUGAAAUAAAACCCUUCUAAAUCUCUGUUUCUGAUAGUGAUAAGUAAACAACUCUUAGUGUCGAGUUACUUUACUACAGGAAUCCAUUGACCACAUAAUGAGAACAAGUUGGUCUGGAUUUAAAGGGCUCCAACAGUCAAUGAUGUGAUGAACCUGUUUCAUUCUUGGCAUGAGUUUGUUUUGUUCCAGGUGAUGAAAAAUAACAAUGAAGCAUCAGCUGUUGUACUAUCUCACGUUCAGUAACAGGUGUGUUCAAAUAUUUUUCAUUCUUAGCAUCAAGCCUUCCAUUGUUGGUCUGGAUUAUUGAAACCAGGUGUUGCCCAUAGUUUUGAAACUUCAUAUGUUUGUGUGGCAAGCAUCUUAAGAGGCAAGGGAGCAAUUAAAACAUCAUUUUCUUGGGAUUUCUGGCUUCAGCUGUGGUAUUAUUUCAACUUUUUCAAUGUUAAUCAGGUGCUCCCUAUUGUAUACCAUCCUGUUGCUAUGAUUACGCAUCAUAACAAAAAUAGUAAAACGAUGAUAAAUGUUGCCCAAAAUCAGUCCAACUGCACAGUGUCCAAACAAGAAUGAACAGUUGUCCAAACAGCUAUUUUCCUCCAAUACGCAGGAAUGAAAGUUUGAAAAUGAGAAAAUAUCUCAAUGUUGGUUGCUGUGGUUUUUGAAUAUAACCCUUGUGAAGGUUUCAGAAUAAAAUCUGUUGAAAUAAACUCUUCAGAAUUGAGAGGACACCAUAAAGUCACCUGAAGCUGAAGAAGAAAGACAACUUGUUUUGUCUGAUUGUUUUACAUAACUCAUGCUAAAAGCUGCAGAGAAACAGGUGAAUUCUUGGUGACUGAUUGCACAAAGAAUUACAAUCACAAGCUGCAAAGAAAUCUGAUAUGUUCAUGUCAGUAUCACCGUCACACUGUUUGACUUCAACCCAAUCAUGCUGGGCAUUUUAAACUGCUCGUUCAAUUAACAUAAAACAAUCAGAUCUA